GUGUGUGUGUGAAAGCCAGAGAUGUUCCUACGAAGCGAUGGAUUUAUUUUAAGUCACAUGGUUUGUAGAGAGGGAGGAACCUCGAUAUAAAACCAGUCUGAUUUCACUGUUCUCCACUUUGCUGCAGAACUACAACAGGAGGAGGAAGAUGGCAGAGCGACGCAGACGCAGGAAAUCCUGGUGGUGGCCAUUCAUUGAGUCUGAACCUGAACCUGAACCUACGCCUUCUCCCACUUUUAAGGAACCCUGGAGGAAAAUAUCUUGGGGAGAGAAACAGAGGGAUCUUCAGUAUGUGCAGGAGUACAGGCCUGAAAACGGAGACAUUAAACAUCUGCGAAUUCUUCUGUACGGGCCUGUCGGAGGCGGAAAGUCCAGCUUCAUCAACUCUGUCAGCACCGUCAUGCGAGGCAGGACAACUAUUCCUGCUGCAGCCAGUGCAACCACCUCCGACACAAGCUUCACCAGACAAUAUAAAACUCAUCAAAUCAGAAAAGGAAGAGGAAACCCAAAGACAUUUUACCCGUUCGUCUUCAAUGAUAUGAUGGGGCUGGAGGAGGGGUCGGACUCUGGAGUUCGUGCUGACGACAUCAAACUGGCCAUGAAGGGACAUGUGAUAGAGGAUCACAAGUUCAACCCAGCAUGUCCUCUGUCAGAUGAAGACCCAGGCUACAACCAAACACCUUCUCCAGACGACAGAGUUCAUGUCCUGGUUUGUGUGAUUUCUGCAAACUCCUCAGAGAUCAAGGAGCCAAUUCUGCAGAAGAUGAGUAGCAUCAGAGAGACAGCAAGAGACCUGGGAAUUCCUCAGAUGGCGAUCGUCACCAACAUCGACACAGCCUGUGGUGAAAUCGAAAAGGAUCUGAAGAACGUCUAUAAGAGCAAACACCUGAGGAAGAAGAUGAAAGACUUCAGCUCAGCUGUGGGAAUCCCAAUGAACUGCAUCUGUCCGGUGAAGAACUACAGUGAUGAGAUCGAGAUCGAUGAUGACGUGGACUCUCUGAUCCUGAGCGCUCUGAGACUCAUGAUCCACUUUGGAGACGACUUCAUUGAGGACAUGUGAAACAUAUUUACAUGUUCAGUGUCAUCAGUUUGCUUUUAUUGCAGCUGUCUGUGUCUGAUGGGAGUUCAUCCUUUCCUGCAUUCACUUCCCACAGGGAGGACUGUACUGAUACAGUUAUACAUACAUCAUGUAGGAGUGAGGUAACUGCACACUGAUGAAGUCACAGAUACAAAAUAUAUUCAUUAUUUGACAACACUGAUGGCAACAUUUCAAUCAUGUUAACGCUUGGCUAUUAAAUAUGCUGCUAUUACUUA